UCUGUUGACUGUCAAAAUACAAAGUGCUUGAAUUUAUAUGUCAAUAUUUUGUGUCCGCCGGAUCUAUUUCUAUUGAAUGAAAAUGUAAUCCUUCAAAGUUUGUUAAAAAGAUUAUAAAAUGAAUGCGAAUGAAUAUGUAAUGUUAAGCCCUAUUGAAGAUUUUUUUUACCUAGUAACGAAUGUUGUGCGGGGAGAGCCGACGGUAGAAGACUUAAUUCUACUUCUUGGAACUUUAGUUGCAUUUAUAGCAUUCAUAUUAUGGUCUUGCUUUCCCGUUCACCAUAAAGAUGCCCUUCUGCCUGUUUUGCAAGGUCCAGAUAAGAGUGGUAAGGAUGAAGAAAAAUACAAUCAGAUAUCAUCAGACUAUGAUUUAGACGAAAUGUGAAAUCAUGUACAAAACUAUCUGGAACUAUAUUAUAUACAUAUUCUACCUAGGUAUUUCUAGUAAGUAACCCUUUUACCUUAAAUAUUUAAAAUAAUUGUUUAUAAUUAAUACAGAUGUUUACUUGCUAUUUGAAAAAUGAAAUAUAUUUUUAAUGAUAUCUGGCAGUAGAUUCUCAGUGUAUUUUUUUUUAUAAAUUUCUACUAAGGACUAAAAUGUUCAUAUAUAAGUAUUGCUUGUUUUACCAAUUCUAUUCUAUGUCUUAGAUGUGUCAUGAAUGCAGGAAAUUGUUCUAAUAUUCAUAAUGGUUAUUUAUGAUGAAAUUUAUUUACAUGAAGUUGGGAAAUUAAAUACCUUAAAUUUAUAAUCUAAUUUAUCCAGAUUAAUAUAACCAAAAUGAAUUAAUAUUAAUCAGAUUUAACCUAAGGUGCAACUAUUUACCCUAAAGAAAAAGCAAAACACUGGAAGAUAAUGUUAAAUAAAUGAUGGAAUUACAAAUACUCAAUUUCAAAAUUAGUAAGAAUUUUUAUAAAUUAUUGAUACCUAACAUUUAGUCAACCAUAAUGUUAACCAUGGAGUUGAAAUUGUAGAUUCCACAAAAAGUAGAGUUUUUAAAUAAUAUAACAGAUCAUUUCUCACAAGGUUCCUAUUUUGAAAUAUAUUGGACUGUCUCAAGUUCAAUGAAAUUAAACUAAUUCAAAUUUAUUUAAUAAAUAUUUAUAGUAGGUACUUAGUAUAGAAAAGUUACAGAACUUAAAUUAUUUUCUAAAAAUGAAAUUACAUAAACUUGAUUUAAUGAUCUUAAUUAAAAAAUUAUUAUGAGUAUAAUGAAUCUAAAGAUGUACUCACACUUUAAAAUAUAUUCUGUCUCAAUGUCCCAAUAAUGUUAAUGAAACCAUUUGAAGACAAAUCUUUAAUAUUAUAUUCACUUAAAUAUUAUACAUUAUUCUGCAUGAAACAAUCAUAUACUGUGUAUACCUAUUUGUCAAAAUAAUUAUAAACCUCUGAAUGUUUUUCACACUCUGGUGGCUUCCAUUGUUGUAAAUAUAGUUUACGUAAUAUGUAAACUCAAAAAUAUAUUGUCGAAGUAAGUAUUUUUUCACACAAUUACAAUGAAAAACAGAGGCAUAUUAUAAAAAGUACUAUAUUACUUGAUGUACAAUGUAUUUAUUUAUAUAAAUAAAAAUAUUUUAUUCUUUA